UUUUAUAAACCGUCAAAUUCUAUACAUUUCCUCUUCCGUUAUAAAAGGGCAACUUUCCUGUCUAGGGUUUUCUUCUUGAGAGGGUUUUCUCGCUGUUGUUCCGAUCUCCUUGGCCUCGUCCCCGAGCUCUGAAUCAGAAGUCAGGAUGCCGUCGCAUAAAACCUUGAAAAUAAAGAAGAAACUCGCGAAGAAGAUGAGGCAGAAUAGGCCCAUCCCUCAUUGGAUCCGCAUGAGGACCGAUAACACCAUCAGGUACAAUGCGAAACGCAGGCACUGGCGCCGCACCAAGCUAGGGUUUUAAGGUGUUGCGAUCUGUCCUCUUUCUAGGUCUAAUUAGAGUUUGUAGGUCUUGCAAGAGAAUGGAAGAUACUGUUUUUGUAAUUCUUAAAUUAAUCAGUUGAGAACUCAACGAGUCUCUGAACCAGAUUUUGUUGAGAUUAUUGUUUCUCUUUGUUGCGGAAUAUUUUGAAGGAGUGGGUUAGUUCAUCUCUUUAAUGGCAUUUGAAGAUUUUUCAUUUUGAA